CACAGUGGAGGGAGGGUGAGAGCGCGUCCGCUGUUUUCGCCUUGUAGGAAUUGAGUUGUAAAACCAAUUUAAGUUCUUCUUUUGAUUAGCUAAGACCCGAGAGUAUACUUAACGACGAGUAAGACGUAUUUCCAGUGCUAGAUAUCGAAGGAAAAUAUUAGAUUGUAUACAGUGUGAAGCGGAAAUCAUCUGUGCCGGGUGGAGUGUGGUGUGACUUUCGUGACGUCACAACCCCACGUGUGCCGACCGUGACGUAACGCAGUCCAUGCGUGUAACUCUUUAAAAAGCCAUGUGGUCGUCGGUGGUGGGCGGCACGGGCGGCGAUGUCCCCUGCGCGCGGCACAAGCACGCCGUGUGCGCUGCCCACCCGCACGUGUACCUGCUGGGGGGGCGCCACGGCAACCUCCCGCUCAAGGACUUCUGGGUGUAUGACCUAGUGACGCGGACGUGGCGGGAGGUGCGGGACGACUCGGGGGCGCGACCCCCCUCCCUGCAGCAGCACACGAUGGUCGACACCGGGGACAAGCUGGUCGUGUUCGGCGGCGAACUCUGCAUGUCCAACGAGACGCCGCUCUGGAUAUACCACCCGCAGACCCGCAUGUGGCGGAAGUGGCGGUGGGCGGGCGCCGGCGCGGGCGGGGCCAGGGUGGGCGGCGGCAGCGAGCGAGGGCGCAUCGGGGGCGCCUCCGGACCCACCGGGCGCCGCGGCCACACCGCCCUCAUGGCAGGCGACUCCAUGAUCAUCUACGGCGGCUACCAGGACCUGCGCGGCUCCUCCGGCGAGAUUUGGAGCUUCAAUGUCGUGGAGGAAACCUGGUCGCAGAUAUCUUCAAGAGGGGAACAGCCAGCAGGCCGCCAUGCCCACUCGGCCGUGCUCUACGACAAUCAGAUGUGGGUGUACGGGGGCAUGACCGACUUACAAGAGCGCAAUGAUUUCUGGCGUUUCGAUACAGUGGGAAGAACCUGGACACAAAUCAGGACCCGACCAAACCCUGGGUACCUGCACUCGCAUGUGGCCGCCAAACUCCACUCAUCAAUGGUUAUCUUUGGGGGCGAGCGCCAGGGCGAAGUUCUUAAUGAACUCUGGAGGUUCCAUUUCGGCACUAGUACAUGGGAGCGAUUGAUGCCUUCGGGGAUAAGACCGCAGCCACGAUCUCAGUUCUGCGCCUUCGUGGCCCCAUCACACUACAUCAAGGGUCCUCGAUUUUACAAUCCUUCAUCACACUCGGGCUUUGGCUCUUCCUCUGCCAGCAGCGGAAGUUACACAAGUUCUGUGAGCCACGACUCCUAUAGAACUAGACGAGUUCAUCCUGAUGACUCUGUGAGUAACUCUGGAGGCAUGUCCAGGAACAGCGGAGGCCCCAAUGAGAGUGAGUGUGCGUGCCAGGAGUGUGUCGAUGCAGAGGAUGAGGACCUUGACCCAAGCCGCCUCAGGUCACUCAUCCAGAAAAACUGCUCCAAUGCGUCAACCAACCAACUCAAGCUGUCCAUUUCUAAAUUCUCUCAGUUAAAUUUAUCGCAUUUAGGCCGUUAUUAUAGCUACAGUAUGCUUAGUAACGAUAGUACAGAGAGUAUAGUAGAGGAGUCUCUAGCUAGUACAUGUGAUAGUGUAAACAGUAAGAUUGUCAAAUCUCAGAGUAUCCAUGUGAUGAAUAAGGAGAAGAAUCUGAAGGCUGGAGGAGCGAAGGGAGGAAUGACGAGAGACAUUGCAUCUGUGCCAAACUUUGGAGAUAUCAAAGACUCAUGUGAGGAGGAUGCACGUUCUGGGGCACACCAUAUGCCUGUCAAUCACAUCAAAGUUAUUACAGUCCUACCAGCAGAGAGCGCUGCAGAAGCAACUUUAGAAGAUGACCCGAGUGACCUCGUGGCAGGAAUCAAAGGUCGUUUGGCCUUUACAAAUGAUGAAGCAAUCCAGUCUGCAGACACGAGCAUCAGUGAAAACCUCAUGUCGUUUUCAUGCACGACAGACAGUAACUUGAGUAGCAAUACCAACCUUGGCAGCAUUAGCAACUAUACCAUGAGUGGACCAAAUAGUUUUUCCAAUCCAAAUUACGUAGGGUUUGAUCCAGGACGGGAUCCUGGAGGGCUGCUGAGCCAAGACUACUGGACAACAGGAGCGUUGGAUCUCGAGAGCAUUCGUCAUAAGGAGUUUGCAGAGAUGCUAAGAACACCACCGGAUUCAGGCAUUGGUCUUGGAGUGGAGAUGGAGCAUCGAACCCCCUUAGACUUCACCCUAGCCACUUUAGAAGACUUCGUUACCAUCGACAACCACUCAGCACGCUUCAGCAGGAACACCAAAGUGCAUCCUGCUGGCACAGAAGGGUCACCGGCUUCCAGUAAGCCUUCCAAGGUCAAAUUUUCUACUGAACAGACCAGUUCAACAGGGAGCAGAAAUAACAAAAAUAGUAACCAGGACCAAGGCGAGGGAGGCAGCAGAGAACCCCCUCCACCACGAAUCAAUCCAUUUAUGAAACCUGAACCACUGUAUGAACCCACAACUCCGAGUGCCAUGUACAUCAUGGGAGGGAAGGAGACCGACCAGAUGACAGUAUUUAAACGCCCAAUCUCCAUUUGGAAGUUGGAUUUGCCUUUUUAAUCACCCUCCUACCCCAUCCCAACGUCUCACUGUGCUUCAUCCACUCCCUGUCAAAACACACCACAUUAGUCACCUUUCCAGUGAUGUAAUAGUGUUGCCUUCCAUCCAUUUAUAUAGAUGCAUUUUGUACAAAAAAGAGAGAAAAAAAUACACAAGGAAUCACAUUUCAUCUCCCUUCUUUUAGCUUUGUAUCAAGUUGAUUUUUACUUUCCUGCAUUUGAUGCGUAUUUACUUCCAAUCAGUGGACAAGGCCGCUAACCUGGCAUCCCAGUAAUCCCCCCGAAUUUGACUCAUUUUAUCUGUCCAGUCAUCCCGUCCUGUGAGGAGAAGAUGUCGGAGACGUCGUCCUGUCCUUGGAAAUCAUCGGCAGUGAGAGGCAGACGAGGAAGAGGCAAGCCAAAGACUUUUUAGGGACACCAUGUGAUAUAUUGAUGCAUUUUUAGAGAGAGAGAGAGAAAAAAAAAACAUUUCUAGUUUGAGACUGUACCACAAGGUGACGUGUUCAUUACCUGUGUAGCUAUAUGGCCUCAAGAUUGAUUUGAGAACGCUAUUUUGUAUGUUUCUCAGUAUGAGUUGUAGGGCUGUUUGAAGAAAACGUUUGGUAGUAUUCCUGAUCUUAAAAGACACACAAGGCUGAAUAACUAUGGUGAAUUGUUUUUCAAAAGUAAUUUCAGUCAUUAGACGAAUGCAGUCUUUUCAAAUUUUCACUAUUCUGCAAUGUAAUCACAUAUAUUAUGUGCUUGAAUUCAUACUUUACUGUAAGCAGAAGAAAGAAAUUGAGAGAGAGAGAGAGAGAGAGAGAGAGAGAGAGAGAGAGAGAGAGAGAGAGAGAGAGAGAGAGAGAGAGAGAGAGAGAGAGAGAGAGAGAGAGACUUAUCUCUUGCUCUCAUAUAAACUGUGCCCUAACAUUUGUAUAAAGUUAACGACCCUUUGUGACUGCAUUGCCACCAAAAUUUAUUAACUGGAGAACACAAGGAUCCUUAACGAAAUCUUCAAAUUAAAUAUUAAAUUAAGUAUCACCGGCUCACUGGAUAAUAUAUAAUGCAAAAAGUAGAAUCACGGGAGCCUAUGACUGUAGAAUAUCACCAAUUUGAUAUGAAAUUAAUUGAUAUGCAAUGGCAUGGAUGUUGGUAUCCAGCCGGCUUUGCGUAAAUAUUUAAGUAAUCGGCCAAAAAGGUAACCUUAUUAACCCUCGUUAAUUCAGAAAACUAUUUUGAAGAAUCCAUUUGUUCUAUGGCAAUAGUGCAAGUAAUCGUCUUAGUUCCUUUACUUAAUCCUCAUGUGCUAUGAUUGGCCUGAUUUCUUGUUGUCCUUGGCUGUGCCCUUAAGAUGACAAAUGGUGAUAGAUGUUACCUAAAACCCAGGAAAGAGCAUUGCUAUCCCCAGUGAACACCAAACUGUCCAGCCCACGUUGUAGCCUCAUAUGUUAUGUGCUGCUGUCAAACACUUGUUAUAGAUACUGAAUGAUGAAUAUGAGCCACUCUCUCUCUUGGUGGUAUUUGUGUAUGGUUAUAAUGUUUUAUGUUAUCUGUAGAAUACUCGAAUUAAGUUGUCAUAUUUAUUGGAUUGAUAGCAUUAGCAGAAUUGUCAAUGUUGCCCAGUCUUUGGUUAUGUAAGUAAUGAAACAAUUUCUUUCAUGUGUCAUAUACAAAGGGCAUUGUUGUUACUGAAUCAGAUGUUCAGUGCUGCAGCACUUUUCAUCAUACACACAUUCCUGGAUCUUGUAGAAAUGUACAAGAUAUUUAUCAAACACAAUCUUACCCUUCUCUUUAACAUACAUUUUAAUGAUUAACAAAUAUUUUUAUCAAGAUGUUGAUCCAAUAAUCUAUUUUUCCCUUAGCAAGAUUUUGAUCCUAUUGCUGCCACCUUUUUGAGUGAGCGGUGAAAUCUCGUUUAUAUUUGCUUCCUUGUUCUCCAAUCAUUAUCAAAGUCAAGAGGAACACUAGUCAAGGAAAACACUAUUUUAUCUCUCUGUUUUAGUAUACUAGAGUCAAUACUUGACUGACAAGACAACUAAAAAUCAUAGGACCAAGUGGGAGACAACCUGAAGCACGCCCUUGUAGGAGACUGGAUUCCUCUGCCAAAGUCUGAUCGUGUGAUCACUUCUAAUUUGCACAUUCCUUUGCUAUAGGCCUCUCGUCCGUCCAGCUGGCCUUCUAGUCUCAUGUGAUCGUAUUUUCUAAAUUGGUGAAAGAAUUAUGAUAGAUAUUUUAUACAUAUUUUCGAUUGUUUGUUACCUACUCUCUUUCAGUUUAAGGAGUCAUCAUUUAGUUUGUGUGUAAUCUUUAAUUUCCACCAUUGUUUUAAAACUGAUCAUUACAUCUAGGGAUAUUAAACGAAAUUGGGUUUUAGAAUGUCUAAACUCAAGGCACUGUAGUGUAGUAAACAUACUGAGGUUUUUGGUCCAGUCUUCAUACAUGGAGUGUGUUCAUUAUAUGUAUUGUACAUCCGUUUGCUUGUUGAAAUGUUUAAUAUUUCUAGUAAAAUUUAUACAUUUGUAGAUAAAUGAGAAAUAAAAAGAGUAAAUGUAAAUAGUG